AUCUAAUCUGAAAAAUUAUCUGAUUUAUAGAAGUAACCUCAAAAAACUGGGAGUUCAUCGAACAUUAUGUGCAAGCCUUCGAGCCCUUGGACAUCUGCACUAAGAAACUGCAGGAGCGUCAUGUUUCGUUGUCUGACUUCUACAUAGCGUGGCUGAAGACAAUCAACGCAGUGCGGAAUAUGUUUUCCAAUCCGUUCGCGCAGAAAUUGACCAAAGCCUUAACCGAUCGUUUGAUUAAAUUGAAGAUGUCACAAGCAUUCCAGAUGGCCCUUUAUAUGGAUCCUCGUUUGAAUUACCUGAAUUCAAAAUUAUUCAACGAUGAGGAGAAGCUGCAUGUUCAGGCAUGCAUUAAGGACACAUGGAACAGGAUUCGCAAAUUGCAACCAUCAUCUGGUCCUGGAAUAUCGACCGAAAAGAAUGCCAACGUCAACUCACAAUUCGACGAUUUCGUAACAGAGCUCUAUGGAGGCACUCUAUCGAAAACCGAUAAUGAGGCAACUGAUUCAUCAUUUGCUCAACAACUAAAGGCAUUAGAUGCUGAACCUCGCCAAGACCAUACGUACGACGUUUUUAAACAUUGGCUAAAGCGUAGGGAGACUCAUCCUGAGCUCUUUGAGGUUGCCAUGGUUGUUUUGGCGACACCGUCGAAUCAAGUUUCCGUCGAGCGAGCCUUUAGCGCACUUGCUCUAAUCCUGACGUCCCAUAGGGUUGGAUUGGGACCAGAUGCGCUAGAAGACAUUCUGAUUAUAAAGCUUAAUCGAGACAUUUUUGAAAAGGAGACUGAUUCAAUCGAUUGGGAUGAUAUAGUCAAUAAUAUCUAUUCUUAAGCUUUCAACGAGAUUAUGCUUAGCAUUACCAAAAUUGUCAUAUAAGAGUAAAAGUAUCGAACCAUUUUUAAUUUGUUAUUUGUUAAACAUGUUGAAUUGUUCAUUAUGGAAUGUUAUAAACAUUCAUAAAAUUACAUGGAUUGUAUUAUUUA